AUGUCCGCCACCGUGUACCUCAUCAGUCCCCUCAAAUACAGGCCUCCCUGGACAAUUCUGACGCGACCUGACCACUCGCCGGAUCUCGCCAGUAGGCUAACUCGGAUGCCAUUGGAUCCCAUUGAAGUAAACUGGGAUUGGUCGAAUAGCCAACUGCCAGUCACUUAUGAGCAUCAGCCAAUCAUUCGGCAAUCCUCGUUCUCUGUUUCUGGCACAAUCAUUCGAGUGCGCAACACAAACGUCUUCAAACUUCGACACUCAGUGUAUCUGGUCGCCCUCAAUGUCCGAGGAAGCAAGCAGGAAAUCAUGCUGCUUUUGUUCUCACACUGGACUUGUUCGGCGUUGAUGUGUGCUGUGUCUCAGAAACAAGAAGCAAGCGCGGUGGCUGAGCUAACCUCCCCAUUAUUCUCCACCCGCUUCCGAAAACGCGCCUCUGGCUAUGCAGCGGCUGCUGCGGCGGGAUGUGCGGGGGUUGGUAUCAUCCUAAGUCACCGUGCGGAAGUAUCAUUACUUGACUGGAUACCUGUUGAUAGUCACCUCUGUGCGGUUUGUCUGGCAACGUCUGUGAAGAAGUGCCACAAGCGGGAAGUUGAUCGAUGUCCAUUUAUCUUGUCUGCUUACGCUCCAACUUACGAUAGCUCCGACGACAUCGAAGACAGGUUUUACAACUCUGUCUCACUUCGGCUAUUAUGGCCAAUGUUCUUGACCUAUCCAGAUGUGUCUCCGGAUGGAUCUCCAGUGGGAGAGUAUUAUGACUUCACGAGGUUCAUAAAUUUCUCGGGGGCGGGAUGGCUCAAGUUGUUGGAGCGCGAAUUUAGUGACCAGAAGUUCCGUGGUUCGAACUCGACCUCUACCUCUCGACUUCCUUGUCUAGGCUUGGGCAACCUGACAGAUUGUGAAGAGAGUGAGCUGUUCUCCGCGGAUGACCAGCAUGUCGCUGUUUAUGGAAGCAGCAAUGUCGUCUUCCCCCGGAAGAACGGGUUAGAAAAGGUCGGUCCUAAAAACCGCACUCUCCAAACGGUUGAGAUGACCACCGGCGCGUUAUUCAGUACGGCCGAAAUACUUUUAGAACUGGGUCCUCAACCAAAGCCUUUGGCUCAAAAGCCUAACCGCAAGGCAGCGGUGUUUGGCGGGAAAUGCAAAUGCAUUAUCAUUUCUACGGAACAAGUCGCCAUACAUGUUCCAACCCCCAACCUGGAGGUCCAGGAGACCGUGUUUGUCAGACCUCUAACCAUUGACCAACCUGGUAUGAGAGACUCUAUCACCCAGUAUCAGAGCGUGAAAUAUGACAUUGUUCCGUUGUCUCCCCUGUCCAAAUACCGACUAUCUUUUCAACACACGGGAUUCCUCUACCUGAACGGCUAUUUCGCCUUGUCGGAUUUAAUGUUCAAUCUGCACAUUAAGGUCAUCUUUAUUGGCUUCAUCAUUCACUUCACAGGUACCCUCCGCCGAAAGGUAAUGGUUUUAGAUCUUGACGAAACGCUUAUUCACUCGGUGCACGACGGCACCCUUCGACCCACAGUUCGGCCUGGAACACCGCCAGAUUUUGUGCUCAAAGUUGAUAUUGAUCACCAUCCCGUACGAUUUUCCGUUCACAAGCGACCUCAUGUGGAUUUCUUCUUGAAUGUAAUAAGUCAAUGGUAUGAACUAGUAAUCUACACAGCUAGCUUGGAGAUAUACGGUGCAGGUGUCACAGAGCAUUUGGACAACGGGCGACGUAUUCUGCAGCGAAGGUUCUACCGACAACAUUGUACCUACGACAACGGUAGCUACUCUAAGAAUCUCUCUCUCAUCACAUCUGAUCUGGCUUCCAUAUUUAUUUUGGACAAUUCACCUGGGGCGUAUCGAUCCUACCCAGUAGGGCAUCUGGCGUCACUGAUUCUUCGUCAUGUUACGGUGGCACGCGAGUCCUUGACCCGUGAGCAUCAAGCAGAAUUUCGACCGGGUGGAGACUGCGUUGAUCACGUCUUUACACUCCGUCAGAUGUUAGAACAAUGCCGCAUGUACAAACGACCCACAUUCCUGGUGAUCCUUGGCCCCAAGGGUGCGUUCGAUUUUGUCGGUCGGUCAGUGCUGUUAACUAUAUUUGCUCCACAUGGUAUACCCCAGAAAUUUGUGAACAUGAUCCGAUCCUUAUAUUCGCAAGUUCAUGGUGAGCUCUCCAAAAACUUCCUUACAAAAAGUGGUGUCCGACAAGGAUUUCCACUCUCUCCGUUCUUGUUCAAAUUCGCCGUUGAUGGGUGA